UCCAAGUUUCAGAGAUGUUGCUCUUGGCCAGCUGUGUCCUGAUUGUGAGCUUCGCUGCUCCUUCGGAAGGAGGUGUUAACUGCGAACUUGCUGACCUUGAACGCCUCCUUCGGAGAAUAGACUCUCAACUGCAUAUUGUCCAACUAGCUUCUUUACACGAAUGUACGCCCUGUCAUGAUCCCAAGUGUGACAAGCCCUGCAUUGCCUCCAUCGUAAAAGAGGAUCUUGUGGCCGAUGUAGAAGACCUUAACUUAUCUCUCCGGGGCGUCAUUGAAGAAAGCAUUUCAUGUGCAGAAGGCGCGACCGUCUUCAUCUCUGACUGUCAGGUUUCCACAGUUUGGCGAUUCAACCCCAAUGAAGUUCCCCAGACCCUGCAUCGAAACCGUCGUUCAACCUUGGAAACUGCAGAACUUAGUACAAUAUCAUUUCCGACUCCAAUCAGGGAAUUCGUCAUUGACGCAAAUCUUGCCACUGUUACGUUUGAUUACUUUGUUGCCAGUCCAUUUCAGAUGUUCUGUGCAAAUUUAGACGGACAAAACUCGAGGCUGGUUGCUGAUGCAUCGGAUUUUCUGUCACCGACUUUUGUGGUCCCUGGUAUCGCGUAUUAUGAGGCCGGCGACGAACUAAUCGUCCCUGUUCUCUACCCCGAUCCAACAAUAACAAACCAAAUCAUGGCAUUCAACAGAAUGGACUCUGCGAUGCGCGUAAUAGCUCCCUUCACUGGAACUCCUGGAAAGAUCGUCGUUAAUGAAGGAACAGUGUAUUUGGUAACCGGCAUGGAGAUCGGGGUAGUAGAUGCCUCUGCUUCAGGUGGAAUCCUGUUCACAUUCCUGACCCACACUGGAGGCGACAUAAAGGCGUUCGACGUACUCCCCGGGGGUACAAUACUAUUCAUGGAUGAACCUGGACAGCUAUUCUCCUUUGACCCGAGCUCAACGGAAAUUACGCACUUGCACACAAGCCCCAUUGGUGCUGGGGGAGCGGCCAUCGACAUCGAGUUCAACGAAUGUGACGAACUCGUAUACAUUGUAUACAGGAGUAAUGACCGAAUCGAAUUGUUCGAGGUCGACGGUACGUUAGUGAAGACCCUGAGAAACCCCGGUGGAAGCUUAGUGUGUCCGUCCAUUGGCUUCGUCCCGCCGCCGCCGCAAACAGUGGACCUUUAAUAAAGACAGCUAGUGCCACUGUUAAUAAAGGAUUAUGCAAAGUA